AUGAGGGCCGCUAGUACGGGGGCUUUCCCCACCAUGGGAUCUCCUGCAGGUAUUCAUUCCGCGAAUUCACCUUUGGCAGAAAAUGCACUGAACACUUCUGUCGGCGAUCCUGCAGGCCUCGCUAGCGUGCUGCGUGCUGCUGUACCGGCAUAUGGCAAGGCGCAAUGGGUUGAGGAGGCCGACAGCAGGCGGAGGCUCAGAGAAGCGGAGGCCUUUUUACUAACCCUUCGCUCGGUGGCUUGUGGUUUUCGUGCUGCAGAGCUAGAAUCCAUCCACAGAGCAGUCAACACUGCUGUGACAGACUUCUUCAGGGGCACACCCUACGAAGCUGUACUUCUCCCCCUGAUGCACUACUGCGUAAGCCUUGUGGAAUGCAGGAUCUCGAGUGCAAGAGCCCUAGAAACCACACAGACGGGACGGCAGCAUCGCGCAACAGGGCACUUUUUUCACCAAGUGGAGAGUCUCGUGGCAUUCAGGGAAGUGGAUGGCCCCUGUGGCAUCUUGUGCCUUUUGUGCUCAGGAAUGCAUGCGGAAAACACAAGCGGACUUGGUAUGAUUUUUCCGACUGCAGCCACACUACCAGCAGCGGGACCAGCCAUCGAAAAUGCGGUAUUUGGAGGCGCAGAGAUGCUGCGGAGAACCCGAAGAGCAGAGGCGCUGCUUAAUCAGAGAGACUCAGCUGCCCGAGAGGUUUCCCAUUACACGAAGAAACUGACUUUCUUGAAGGGGCAGCCUGCAGCUACACACAAGGCAAAAGUUCGCCUCCUGAGGAAUGAGCAAAAGCUCUCCAAAGCUCUAACCGAUUUCUACGAGAAAGAACAAAUAGUAAAGUGGGUGUGGGGCCGUGCGGCUGCUCGCAUGUUCUCAGCCUUCAGACACAAGGAAUCCAACGACCUUGAGCAACCACCGCUCGACACGCGGAGGGCCUCAUCUUGUCUUUUCUCUGUAGAGGAAGGGGAUGGAGGUGACGGCGAGGCUGCCUCUGUUGCAACGGGGGGAGCGUUCCCAGGGGCCUCCCGAUGGAGCGCUUCCCAGAGUGCAGGGUUCCCUCCUGCCCAUUCCACAUCUACGGAGGAGGCCCCUGUUUUCCCCGAAUCACGGCAGCAGGGAGAAGCCUUCAAUGGGGGCCCCUCACCUAGCGGCAGUACACCGAACCCCUUCGCGGCUUCCCAGCGUCCCUCAGGGCAAGAAAGGGCAUCCACGAGCGCUGCAAAGGAAUCUCAGCAAGCGGCAGCGGUAGGAUCUUCUGCAACAAGGGGGCAGUGCCAUCAUCAGGAGCGCUCGUGGAGAGGGCUCCAGCUGUGGGAUAGCGACGAAGGCUCCAGUGAGCCUCGCUCGCGACGAGUUGAGGGGCCUCGUGAAGCUCCUAAUGCCGGCCUGCAGUAUCCCUCUGCAUCUGCAAGGGAAGCAGUGCCAGUUGCUGCAACGGACUGCGAUGGCGUGGAUACCACUGAGCCGUCGACGUCUUUCUCUUUCUACGAAUGCAUGCAGCACCAACCAGGGAACGCAGCCCGCCCGGCUUCUCCUGGUGGGGGAUCAAACACGGGGGGGAGGAGCCACUAA